AUGAAUGGACUCCCGCAGCAUCGCCCUGGUCGACGAGCCAUCGUGAUUAUACUGGCCGCUGUCCUACUGGCCAACUUUUAUCUCUUCGGGUGGAAUCGCCGAAAUGACCUGUGGACUGCACCUGCGCACUUGCAAAUCAGCCUCCCCGACUCGAGUUCAAAGGAAUCCCCGACAAUUGCGGGGUAUAAUGAGACAGGUUCGAAGCCUGAAGAGCCUGAAGCCCACUUUUCAGCUCCGUUGUCACUGGAAGAUCGCCAGGCAGCUUUUCUGCGGAAUCUCUAUACGCAGAUUGAAGAGCAUGCGCCUCCAUGUCCUCCGCCUAACAUCCCUGGGAGUGUUGAUGGCAUCGGCUUCGAUGCUGUGAAUGCGAUGCCUCGACCCAGCCUCAUCAUCAAUACCGAUGAAUUACAAGGGCCUAUGCAAAAGGCACACGAUGGAUUUGUCGCAGCAAUUAAAACCCUGAGAGACCGUCCUUAUAAUAACGGCACUAGAGGCAUCAUCUCAUCUGCCGGUGGCGAAUACAUGCCUACCUUUAUGGCGUCUCUACGCAUGCUACGACGGACUGGAUGCAAAUUGCCUGUGGAGGUUUUUGUAACCGACUGGCAUGAAUAUGAGCCUUAUAUCUGUGAGGUGGCCCUACCGGCUCUCGGCGCCAAGUGCAAGGUGCUCGGAGAGAUUUUGGACCUGAUUCAUGACCGGAAUGAUGAAGCCAUCAAGGUGGAACACUUCCAGAUCAAAUCAUUUGCGAUGCUGCUAUCAUCAUUUGAAAGCUUCCUCUGGAUGGAUGCCGACUGUUUCCCCCUCCAUGACCCAGAAAUUCUGCUGGAUUCAGACCCCUUCUCGUCAAGGGGCCUGGUAGCCUGGCCUGACUUUUGGGCAAAUACCGCAUCUGCUCUAUAUUUCAACAUAUCUCGACAGCCAGAGCUUCCUAUGACGGCUCGCCAGUCCACCGAGUCCGGAAUAAUGCUUAUCUCUAAACGAAACCAUUUCUUAACGCUUCUCCUGGCUACUUAUUACAACUACUACGGCCCGGACUAUUACUGGCCUUUGCUGGAUCAAGGUUCGUACGGCCAAGGCGACAAGGACACUUUUGUCCAGGCGGCCGGUGCCCUCGGCGCGGAUGUUUACACAGUCAGCGAGCCUGUAGUCGCUGUUGAACGUAAUUACGAUGACUGGGGGACCAACCAAUUCUCUGCAAUGGCACAGGCCGAUCCUAUGCUGGACUAUAAUCUUACUAGUCAAAGCAAAUGGCGCGUCAAAAAUCCCUCCAUUGCAAAGGCUCCGCGCAUCUUCUUCCUUCACGCCUCAAACCCAAAGUUCAACGCUGCUACAGAUCUUCUGGAGAAAACACAACGGUAUGAUGGUGAACCGAACAGACUGUGGAAUCGACCGGAGGAGGUCAUCCGACGCUUUGGGUAUGAUGUUGAAAAGCCUUAUUGGAAGGAGGCCACGACAGUCACGUGUACCCUGGAGCAUGUGUUUAGCUCCUGGCAGAAUAUCACUGGUCUCUGCGAGGGUAUGCAACACUUCUGGAAUGAGACAUUAUCGGAUCCAAAUGCCAAUGUUCUCCAUUUCACAGAUGAUGAGCCAGCUCACGAUAUGCCCAUUGAAGAGCCUCAGCCCACGGAUGACAGUGGAGAUUGGGGCGUCCCUUGA